AUGGACCAGCAAAUUCAACAGGCGGUUGACAUUGCGCUAAGCGGCACAGCAGAUCCAAGCCUAAAGAGCCAGGCGUUCACAUUUAUCAACGAAAUCAAAUCCACAGAACAAGGGUACCAGACAUGCUUUGAUCUAUUGUUGGCUGAUCCUCUGAAGGGGAUCCACUUGAACGAUGGGCUUAAGUUUUUCAUUCUACAAGUGAUUGAAGAGAAUACCGAGAAGCUUGGCGAGCAGCAGUUGUAUGACUUGAAUACUCGCUUGUUUAAGUACUUGGAUCUGUUGGUGGCGGCUGACCACCAUGACCAGGUGCACUUGAAGAAUAAGCUUAGUGACUUGUUUGGCAGUCUAUUUUGUUUGGCCUACUCCCAGAUCAACACAGAAUUCAUCAAGUCGCUCUUGAUGCUUAUCCAGUCUUCCAACCUUCUAAGCAUAGACUACUAUUUAAGAAUCCUCAUUUCCAUCCAUUUCCAUAUUGGCGAUAAACUCAUUUCCCGUUCGAAGGAGGCCCAGAACCGUUCUAACGUGCUCAAGGACUUGAUCCGUGAACGUGACAUGCCCCAGUUGGUUGAGUCGUGGAAGACUAUCUUGACCACUGUGAAGGAUACCACUCUUCUAGAUAACGCAUUGAAGGUUGUGGGUUCUUACGUCAACUGGAUGGAAAUCAGCAUGUUUAUCCAGAACGGCUUUAUUGGCAUCAUUUACGAGUUUUUGAAGCUGCUGCCGCAGCUACGCAACCAGAGCUGUGUCACUUUGGUCGAGAUCAUCUCCAAGAAGAUGAAGCCUGCCAGCAAGCUAGAAUUGAUCAACUUGCUUGAUUUGACUUCUGUCAUUGGUUCUCUUAAGGAUGACGAUUUGGACUUCAUCGAGAACUUGGCCAAGUUGGCUAACCAGAUCGGUAUCGAGUUGGCUAUUGUUCUUGAAAACGAUGGCUCUUUGCUUAAUGAUAUCAAUGUCCAUUUCCUCAAGUUAUGGCCUACCAUCCUAGAAUUCUUGGGCCAUGAGUAUGAUGAUGUCUCUCAGCAGAUCUUCCCAUUUAUCCAGGCUUACUUGCUUCUAGCCAAGAAGUAUAAUGACCUCAACUCGGUGGACCUUCUCUCUGCUUUGCUCAAGAAGAUCAUCAUCAAGAUGAAGUACGAUGAGGAUGCCGAUGCAUUCGAUGACGAUGAACAGUUUGCGGAUGUUCGCUCCAAGUUGAAGACCUUCCAAGACACCAUUGCCAUCUUGAACCCUCAAAUGUACCUUGAGAUGAUGCCAAUGAUUAUUGAAAACUCCAUCUUCAAUGCUUCAUCUGAUGAUUGGCCUUCUGUUGAGUUAGGUCUCUACGAGUUGAGUAACUUCGGCGACUCCUUGAAGAAUAAUCUCGUCAACUUCCCUAAAACUGAGAUCACAACUUCUAAACCAUACCAAGAAGUGCAAAGCUUUUUGAUCAAGAUUAUAAACAACUUUACCUCGAUCAAUCAUCCUAAGAAUCACCUAGCAUUUUUCGAAUUAAUCAUUCGUCAUUUUUCCACUAAAAGUUUUAACAACACAACAAACACCAGCAUUGAUGAACUCGUGAUCAAGAUCCUAGAACUUUUCUCUGAGUAUGGCUUGUUCAACUCUCUUGAAAGUGUUCGCUUGAGAACUUGGUACCUCUUCUUCCGUUUUGUCAACAUCACGAAGCCAAAGUUAAACGACUAUUUCUUGGAGAAUCUAUUGAUCAAAUUCCAGCCAUUGCUCGUUAUCAAGGCUGAGCUUCCAACCAGGGAUGAAGAUGAUGAUAUUGUUGAGAAUGGUAACUUCAGCAGUCAGUUGUACUUGUUUGAAGCGCUUGGAAUCCUUAUUUCAAUGGCUGACUCGCCUGAUGCCACUGCCAGAUCCAUUGACAUUCUCUUCAAUCCCCUCUUCAGCAGCUUGGAAACCUGUAUCUCUCGUGAGGACAAGGAUGUGAAUCCUCUCAUUCCUUUGCAAGCCAACCAUCUGUUGAUGGCUCUUGCUACGGUCACUAGAGGUCUUGACACUCAGGCUCCUGGUAAGUCCACCGCAGCUAAGCAUGACGCAAAGGUUGUCGGAAAGGUCGGCGAUGCAGCACAGGUUGUUUUGAUCACCCUCGAAAACCUCAACAAGUCUGAGAACGUCAGAGAUGCCGCUCGUUUUGCAUUUGCUCGUUUGAUGCCAAUCUUGGACGUGCAGAGCAGCUCUCACUUGAGCAAACUUAUCUCUUUGAUCUUGGCAUCUCCUAAGUUGAAGAUCAACGAGCUUGGGGACUUCUUGAGUUUUGUUGGCCAGAUUGUCCAUCAGUUCAAGGACAACGAUGGUAUGUUCCAUCUCUUGAAUGAUUUGAUCACGCCAAUGAUACGUAAGAUCUUCGAGCUUCUUUCAGCCGAUGAGGAGAAUAACCCUCAUGUCACAAGAGAUAAGUAUCAAUUGAAGAAAUCGUUCCUCAACUUCAUCAGCAUAGUGGUUAUCAACAACCAAUUUUCCUUGUUGUUGACGGAGACAAACAAGCCUAUCUUCCCUCAGGUUGUGUCUUCCAUAAUAGAAUACUCGCAGGAUUUGAACGACCUCCCCACCGCCAAGCUGGCCAUCGUUCAAUUUGGCAAUGUCAUUGCAGUUCUUGGAUGCAACAACGGUAAGAUUACCGAUGCUAAAGAUAAGCUCAGCACCACCUUGGCGCCUAUCGAAGGAAUUGACGAGUAUUUGAUGGAGAGCACGGUGAAGUUAUGUUUUGAGUUGCCAUUUUCGAACGCAGCUUUCGACUUGAGCGAAGCCCUGCUCCGUAACUUGGCACAGGACCUCUCGUUGCUUCUCAAGACAUACCAGAACCGUCUGUCCCAAGGCGAAUUUGUCAACUUCCUCGUGAACUACUUGGUGAAUGUCGGCUUAUCGCAAGACCUCACAAACGACUUUGGCCAGAAGUUGGUGGAUAUGGAUGCAAAGCUGUUCAAGAAAUACUACGUGACAUUUUUGAGCGAGCUCAAGAAAUAG